CACAAACUGGAAGCUGGUUCCACUGGAGAGGAGCUUGAUAACUGACCUUACAGUCACUAACCCUGUGUUUUCUCACAGUUGUCAUACACGUGUCUGAUGUCCCUGUCUGCUAGCAUUUGACAGACAGUAGCUGCCACCUUGACCAGUAAAAUGUAAAUGUUUUUCUGUAAAAUCUCAAGUCAAGUCUUUAGGAGUGAAGUUAACCCUUUAAUAGAAAGUUAAGCUUCUGAGCAGCCAGGCACAGUACAAGUCUAAUGUCCUUAUUUUAGUUAUUAAAAUGUGAGUGGGGCUUUUAGUUUCAGUUCCUGCUGGCAGUAUAGUCUGCAAUUUAUUUUUACAUCGUGAUGUGCCACAACCCUCCCUGUUCUCUCGAACAUACUGUGUUCCACUCUCUCCUUCAUCAGCAAACAGGUUGAAGCAGCUCUACCCCAACAACCCACACAGCCACUACACAAGUUACAGCCUGGUGACUACGUGGUAGUGAAAGACUUCAGGAGAAAGAAUUGGCACUUCAAGAGGUGGUUGGGCCCGUUUCAAUCCUCCCUGUUCUCUCGAACAUACUGUGUAGUUGCUUCACACUUCCUGUCUUGUGGGUGGUGUGUCUCUAUCCAGAUAGAGUUCAUAUCCACGCACGUCUUGCUGGUACUGGAAAUGGAUCGGUGUUUGCUGUUUCUUCUACUCCUGCUGAGGGGUAGAAAUGGAUUGUGUCAAGAAGAGAAAGUCUGCUUAAAGUCGGUGAUCAACUCAUGUGAUGACUGUAUCAGAUCUGGGCCAAACUGUGUGUGGUGCCAACAGCUGAAUUUCACAAAAGCAGGUGAGCAGGAAGCAGUACGCUGUGACACCCAGGCUCACUUGAUAGAGAGAGGCUGCGAGAUUGAAGAAAUCAUCUCCCCAGAGAACAAUGUAAUCAUUGUCAAGAAAGAUCCUCUGUCCGUGUCAUUCGAAAAAGAGGAGCCUGUCCAGCUGAGUCCACAGAACAUUAGGUUGACACUGCGACCCGGACUUCCUACCACAUUCAGUGUUUAUUUUAAAAGAGUUCAGGGUUAUCCAGUUGAUCUCUACUACCUGAUGGACCUGUCCUACUCCAUGAAAGAUGACUUGGAAAAUGUCAAAGAACUGGGACAGGAUCUUUUUGCAGCUUUAAAUAGCAUCACUCAAGAUGCUAAAAUUGGGUUUGGUGCGUUUGUUGAUAAGACAGUCCUUCCUUACACUAAUACCAACAAGGAGAAACUGCUGAAGCCAUGUGAUGAGAAUGACCAGCAAUGCCAGGCUGCUUUUGGCUACAGACAUGUGCUUGGUAUGACAUCAUCGAUAGAGGAGUUCAGAAAAAAAGUGACGGAGCAGUUCAUUUCUGGGAACUUGGACUCUCCAGAAGGAAGUCUUGACGCCAUGAUGCAGGCUGCCGUAUGUGGGGACAUAAUAGGUUGGAGGAACAGCAGCACUCGGCUGAUUGUGCUAACCACUGACGCUGGAUUCCACAUGGCCGGGGAUGGAAAAUUAGCUGGCAUACUGGAACCCAAUGAUGAGCAGUGCCACAUUGAAAACAACCUUUAUACCAAGAGCACUGAAAUGGACUAUCCAUCUGUUGGACAACUGGCCAUGCAGUUGGAAAAAAACAAUAUUCAGCCGAUAUUUGCAGUGACAGAAAAUGUGGCGAAUGUGUUCAAGCAACUCUCUGAAAUGAUUCCAAAAUCAGAGGUGGGAGUUCUGACAUCAGAUUCUAAAAAUGUGGUUGAAUUGAUUAAGAGCGCCUACGAUAGGUUGUCCUCCAAAGUGACUGUGACCCAUGACAACCUGCCUGAUCAUGUAAGAGUUGUCUACACCCCUAAAUGCGAUGGUUCAGAAAAAGCAGGGGACAACGAAGGAGUUUGUGCCAAUGUACGAGUGGGAGAGGAGAUUUCUUUUGAUGUCACAGUGACAGCGUUGAUGUGUAUGGAGGAGAAGUCUUUCACUAUAAGACCACUGGGCAUUAAAGACACAUUGACGGUGACCUUAUCUACAAAUUGCAAGUGUCAAUGUGAAGACCCAGACAGCAACAGCCACCCACACUGCAAGGGCAAGGGAAGAGUCAACUGUGGUAUUUGCAGCUGCAAUGAAGGCUCCAUCGGUCAGUACUGUGAGUGCUCCGUUGGGGAAAAAGAUGAGCGUGCCCUGCGAGCAUCCUGUCAGAGGGAGAAUGGCACCGAGUGUGAGGGUCGAGGAGACUGCGUAUGUGGCAGGUGCCAAUGCCACACCACAGAGAGUGGAAGCAACUACCAUGGUGUCUUCUGCGAGUGUGAUGAUGUGCACUGUGAGAAGUUCCAGAAUAAACUAUGUGGAGGAAACGGUAAAUGCAACUGUGGCAGAUGUGAAUGCUUUACAGGCUACGAAGGCUCAGCCUGUCAGUGUAAGGGGUCUACGGAGGGCUGUCAAACCCUUAACGACACUGUGUGCUACGGUAGAGGGACCUGCAAGUGUAACCGCUGUGAGUGUAAGGAGGGAUACCGGCAUCCACGAUGCCAGACAUGCCUCGGCUGCCUUGACCCUUGCCAGACCAAACUGAACUGCAUUGAAUGCCUCGGCUUUGACUUGGGUCCGUUUAAAAAAAACUGCAGUGUGGCUUGCAACAAGAGCAUUUAUCAUGAGAUGGUGGAUCAGCCCACUAUACAAAGCAAGAAAUGCCAGCAGAAGGACACAGAGGGCUGCUGGAUCAAAUUUAAUCUGGAGCAGUUGGUGGGACUGGAUAACUACAAGGCUGAAAUUCUCAAACAAAGAGACUGUCCGGAACCACCCAGCGUCAUAGCUAUCAUCGGAGGCUCCAUUGCGUCUGUGGCUCUCAUUGGCAUCACGCUGCUGAUGUUCAUCAAGCUCCUCAUCUACACGAAGGACCUGAAAGAGUUCAGGAAAUUUGAAAAUGAAAAGAAGAAAUCCAAGUGGGCAGAGGAUGACAACCCACUGUUCCAGACUGCCACCACCACUGUGACCAACCCAACAUUCACUGGAGAAUGAAGAUUUCCACUGAAGAUCGGUGCUCAAACAAUCAACACACUUAUGUGUGUGUGUGUGUUAGGAGAGUAGAGAGUAGAUGCCAUUUACAAAUGUCCACAUUCACAGAUUUAUUUACUCAUACUUUUUUUUAUGAUGAAUUGCUGUCAUUUACCCGCUCCAUGUUUGCAUUUGCAUUGUAUUUCUUCACUUAUUACCUAAAAGUAUGCACAUUUUUGCUCAUUACUUCUAAUAUUUACAGGUGUGAUAUAUUGUAAUGUAUGUGCUCAUAAGCAUAUACAGUAGGAGAGUAGGGCAGCAUUUAAUGUGUAACGUGCACACACAGGAUGCAUCAUAUUAGAACACAAUACUCAGUUCAAAGCAGUUUCUCUGUUGGUGUGGCUUUAUGCUUGUAGUGAUUUCUAAAAUGAUUCCUUCGAAAUGUCGGAGUAAUCAAAAUUGAAUUUGAGGUAAAAUGAAUGAACAAACAAACAUUUACUCAAAUUAAACAUGUACUCAAAUUGUUAGUUUAAAUGUCACAUAGGCUAAAGCAGUGGUUCCCAAAUUGCUAUACACUCACUUGGUACAAAUGUAACCUCCAUUAACUGUCCUCACCACAUCAACAUCGGCAGUGUUCCCCGAGGGAGGGGCAAGUCAUAAAGAACCUCCUUAUGUCUCAUAUUCCAUCCAGCCCCUUUGUUUGUUUAUUUGUCUUUUAAAAGUAAAAUUAAGUGAAAUAAAGGCUGUUGUCAUGA